AUACCAUGACACUAAACGCGGCUCCUCGAUCGAACUAAAAAAUUUUCGACGUGCAUAUUUGCCCUCCCUGUCGAACGGGCUAUUCGUUAUCAGUCCACGUCGGGGACACGUUACAUAACCGUCGUGUAUGGCAUCAUGGAAAUGCAGCAAUCGAUAGCAGGAGCGCGAUUGCCACGGUUAUGGCAUCACUAGGGUGAGACACUUCUUUAUCGACGACCUCCAAAGCAUCGACGUAUACGGCACUUGAUCUGCGUCGACGUGCGGCUGAUACGGAAAAGAGGCUAUCUGCGGAUUUAUCGUAUCUUCGUCUACAAGUUGCAAAGCUGUCAUUUAUCGCCAGGCUCUCCGAAGAGGCAACGGAAUAUGGUUUUUUCAAGAUACACCCUCAUCCUGGUUGCCUGGAGCGUGGCGCUGACUGCAGGCCAGACGAACCCAUGUCCUCCACCAGGAACAAUGAGCCCCUGCACAUGCGAUUAUUCCGGAAUCAACUGCAUGAAAGCCAAGACAACCGAAUCCCUGCAAAAGGCCUUCGGAGUCGGCGGACCCAGUGAGCACAGGGGACUCUGGAUACAAAGGACUCCAGUUCCAUCACUUCCUGUUGGAGUAUUUGGGAACUUCAAGUUUGUCAAAGCCUACAUUGACCUCAACAAGAACCUGACUUCCUUCAGUCUAGAGGCCCUGGUUAACUCGAAGGACACUCUGGAAGAACUGAGCCUUUUCGGUAACGACCUAUCCAGGAUUGACUACGACAGCCUCGCCAUGUUUGAAAGCCUGGAGACGCUCAACCUUGCGCAGAACAAGAUAACCGCCAUCCCGAUGGACGCUUUCAAGAACGCGAAUCUGGGAACGCUGGUGCUCUCCAAGAACCCCAUUGAGAAGAUCGGAGCGUUCGCCUUCGCGGGCCUGCCCAGUCUGGACACCCUCAAGAUGAAGGAAACGCGCAUCAAGAGCCUCGACGCAAACUCCAUGUCCAUUUUCCCUCACAACCCGGAGCUCAAGAUCCAGAUUGAUUUGGGUCGCAUUGAGAGCAUCCACCCCAAGGCCUUUGAGAAGACCUUCCCGCUCGAACUAACACUCAGCUAUAACGACUUGACCUCUUUUCCCAAAGACGUUUUUCAUCCUAUAAUCAUCGGCGCGCUUCAAAAUGUCCAAAAGGGCCUUGUCUCCAUUCUGCCCAAAGUGCUCACCCGAGGUAACCGGUUCACCUGUCGCGGCUGCGAUUACAAGUGGCUCCUUCCCUUUGCCAGUAACACGGCGAUGCAGAGGGUUUUCAGCGACUUCUCUUGCGAGGACGGCACGCGCCUCUACAACCUCACCUCCUCCGUUAUCGGCUGCUGAAUCCGCCGUGCUGAACCGUUCCAAUCUCCAAUUCUUAAUUCUGCGAAACGCGUGAAAUAAAAUGGCUUGCGCACGAGGCGCGCGAAGGCGUUGGUUGAUUCCUCGAGAAAUCAGAGAUGUCGCACAAUAAAGGCCUCAAAGUACAAAGAUGCAGCCACGUAUUGUGAGAAACCA